AUGCCGACCAAGGUCACGGUUAAUCCUAACCACUCAAAUACUUUCUUUCUCCUUCAGGGUAUGCAGAGUACGGAGACGGAAAGGGGUAAGGUAGGAUAUGAUGAUAAUGAUGUUGGACUUGAACGUGGGGUUUACGCUGUGGAUGGUUUUGUUAGGGUUGGGAUUAUGGAAUGGAUUGGGGAUUUGGGAUUGAUGAUUGAAUGGAUAGAUAUUGUGUUGUAG